AUGGCCGAACACGCGGCAGCGGUGCGGAGAAAUGACGCCAGCUCCAAAGUUGCGGCUCAUUCGACGAGAUCCGUCCACACAUUCAAAUUCGACGAGGCCGAAAUUCUCGCAAGAGGUGACAACCGCCUGAGCCGGGAGCUGCUGGAAUCAUGGUUUACUGGCCCCCAGUCCAUCAACAAGUGCAACGAUUUUCCCACUCCAUACUGCGUGCUAAAAUUUCGCCUAGGCGGAGUAACAAGCCACGCGGGGAGCAUGGACCUCUUCUCCGCCGCCUGCGAGAACUUCGGUCUGGUCAUUAACACGCAGAAGACGGUGGUGAUGCACCAACCGCCGCCCAACUCAGCCACAGCCCCCAACGCGUCGCCGCAAAUCAGCGUGAAUGGAACCCUACUGCAAGUGGUGGAGAACUUCCCGUACCUGGGCAGUACUCUCUCCCGCACCACCAAGAUUGAUGACGAAGUCGCCAACAGGAUCUCGAAAGCCAGCCAAGCCUUCGGUCGUCUCCAAAGCACAGUUUGGAAUCGUCACGGUUUUCAACUGAGCACAAAGCUGAAGAUGUACAAGGCCGUUAUCCUGCCGACACUACUGUACGGAGCAGAGACAUGGACGGUGUACACGAGACAGGCACGCCGACUGAACCACUUCCACCUCAGUUGUCUUCGUCGCAUCCUGCGGCUGAACUGGCAGGAUCGCAUCCCCGACACUGAGGUGCUGGAACGGACGGGAAUGCUCAGCAUCUACUCCAUGUUGAGACAAAUGCAGCUGCGCUGGAGCGGCCACCUGGUGCGCAUGGACGACGAGCGACUACCCAAACGACUCUUCUACGGAGACGUCGCGACGGGUUCUCGUCGUCAAGGAGGCCCAAUUCGUCGAUACAAGGAUACCCUGAAGUCCUCCCUGAAGUUACUGCAAAUCAACCAGACCAACUGGGAAGAGCUCGCCUGCGAUCGUCCGACAUGGAGGAGAACAGUGAAGACGGGCGCUGCUAUCCACGAAGCCAACCGCAUCGCUGUCGCCAAAGCGAAGCGCGAAGCCCGCAAAUCCCAACUGCGCCCAGUCAGCAACGCUGCCGCACAACCGCUUCCGACGUGUCCUCGAUGUCAGCGGACAUUCCGGGCUCGGAUCGGCCUUGUUGGACAUCUUCGGAUCAACUGUACCUCUCGAACUGCACUAAACUCCAUCCCCCCGCCCGCGUCAUCCUCGUCCUCUCUGUCGCCGAAUAACUCUGUGAAUUCUUCUGCACCACCGCUUCCAUCCUCCUCCUCUGCCUCCUCCUCCUCCUCCUCCUCCACCACCACCACCACCACCACUGCCCCAACGGCGGCCGCUCAGACAGCCGUCUCGCACAUCUCCGAUCGCGACACAACAACCGGCACCACCCCCGCCUCUCCUGACUCCAGCAAUGAGAAUCAGGACUACACCUGCCCUCACUGCGAUCGCACCUUCACCUCACGUAUCGUCCUGGUCGGUCACUUGCGAAUCCAUCGCACAGAGGCCGGCAAACCAGUGCCUGAAGCACCAACCUACACCCACCGCACUCGCCUCCACUGCCCACACUGCCCUCGCACCUUCACGCAUCGCAUGGGUCUAUUCGGCCGCAUGCGCAUCCACGAGAGCGGAAUCGACCACAAUUCCGACACACCAACCACGCCCAUCAUGCCCAGCACCACCCUCGCACCGUCCAUCUGCGCCACCACCAACGCCUCCUCUGUAGCUGAUUCUGACACCGCCGGCUUCACGUGCCCACACUGUCCACGCACAUUCACCUCACGCAUCGGCCUGGUCGGUCACUUGCGAAUCCAUCGCACAGAGACCGGAGAACCAGUGCCUGGAGCACCAACCUACACCCACCAAGCUCGUCUCAACUGCCCACACUGUCCUCACACUUUCAGGCACCGCAUGGGCCUAUUCGGCCACAUGCCCAUCCACGACGACCUGCGGUAG